AUGGGCGCGACGUUCUUGGGCGCCGUCCCGUGGAAUACGAGCCUACGGCGUCUGUUCGACUGCGCCCGGCUCGACGAGGUGAUGCGCGUCUUCUUCCCCCUCGCGUACUUCCUGUACAUGGGCAUCAUGUACGCCGUCCUCCCGCUGUAUCCGCACAACGAGGGCUGCAUCGGCAUCUGA